AUGAGUGGCAGGGGUAAGACUGGUGGAAAAGCGAGGGCGAAGGCUAAAACUCGCUCAUCAAGGGCUGGGCUCCAGUUCCCGGUUGGUCGCGUUCACCGGCUGCUGCGUAAAGGCAAUUAUGCCCAGCGUGUUGGUGCCGGUGCUCCAGUUUACCUGGCCGCUGUGCUCGAAUAUCUGACCGCUGAGAUCCUGGAGUUGGCUGGUAACGCUGCCCGAGACAACAAGAAAACCCGCAUCAUUCCUAGACAUCUGCAGCUGGCAGUACGGAACGACGAAGAGUUGAACAAGCUCCUUGGAGGCGUCACUAUCGCUCAAGGCGGAGUACUGCCCAACAUCCAAGCUGUGCUGCUCCCCAAGAAGAUCGAAAAGACGGUGAAGGCGAACGUUAUUCUUAAGCGUGACUAGACAUUAAAAAUGAGUGGCAGGGGCAAGACUGGUGGAAAAGCGAGGGCAAAGGCUAAAACCCGCUCAUCGAGGGCUGGGCUCCAGUUCCCGGUUGGUCGCGUUCACCGACUGCUGCGUAAAGGCAAUUAUGCCCAGCGUGUUGGUGCCGGUGCCCCAGUUUAUUUGGCCGCUGUGCUCGAAUAUCUGACCGCUGAGAUCCUGGAGUUGGCUGGUAACGCUGCCCGAGACAACAAGAAAACCCGCAUCAUUCCCAGACAUCUGCAGCUGGCAGUACGUAACGACGAAGAGUUGAACAAGCUCCUUGGAGGCGUCACCAUCGCUCAAGGCGGAGUACUGCCCAACAUCCAAGCUGUGCUGCUCCCCAAGAAGACCGAAAAGGCAGUGAAGAAGUAAU